ACAAACUCAAUUAUUAUCGGCCGUUGAUGAUAUCACUCAAACCGUUGCGAUGGCUAUGAAAAAUUGUCUGCAUCAAAAUCCAUUAGCAUUCGAUGAAUUAGCAUCGAUUGAUGCGGCUCGAAGCCAGCUCAAUUUAACACAUCAAAUCAAUGCACUUUUUGUCAUCACGGGGUCAACGGAUUUUUACGAAACCAUUCAAAAUUGUCAAUUCAACAACUAUUGCUUCCAUUGAAUACAUGUAUUCAUCAACCGAAUUUAUCGAACCAUAUUGUCAUGGUGAAGAGCCAGUUGAUGCGGCAAAUGAUUUAUACGACACUUUAUACGAUUUGGAGCUUUUAUUUGACGAAAAAACCGUAAACGAUACAUCGGAUGCGGCUUCUCCGAUAGGAAACACAUUUAUCAAUCAGCUUAAACAACAAUACAUCAAUAUCGAACAGUUACUUUGGUCUAUAAUAAUUCAAGACAAUCAUUUAAAUGCGGAAAUCGAUGAAAUCGAUUUGCUGGAAUUGGUUCGCGUUAGUCAUGCCAUUUUUUUAAAUGGGAAUUUCCGUGAAAAUGUCAUUGAUUUGAAUUUAUUCGAUGCUCACGAUGAAAUACUUUAUGAAAGCAUUUUGACUAUAAAUCAAUCACUACGAACGGCACAAAAAACCUAUUUAAAUGAUCCAACAAGAUUGGACGAUCCAAAAAAUGAGCUCAACAUCAUGUUAAUAGUUCAAGAUCAGUUAAUAUUGAGAAAAACACUGGACAACAUUUAUGAAUACAUUUCGUCAAACGACGAUUAUAUGCGAAGUAAAGCUCAACUAAAGCAAUGCGAUAAAAAUGUGAUGGUAAUUAAAUCGGCCAACCAAUUGAUUUACGAAUACUAUCACGACAUUUCAACGGCUGAACUAAAGGCAUAUGCACUUGUGCAACUCGCAUACAUGUUCUACACGGUUUACAAUCGAGGCAAUUUCCGUGGUCAAGCGCAGGCACUGAGGACCAAAUAUUUGGAUCGCACGCAUCAUACACAGGAUAUAGUUAGACAUUUGCUCGAGUACUCAAAGCGUGACAUUUGGCGAUGCGAUCCGAACCAUUACUCUGUUGGCACAUACGAAGAAGUGACAAACUUCUUAGUCGGGUAUUUCGACAACGAGGUAAACCUCAAUCCCGAUGGAACAUGUCAAAACACUUGUGAAGAUUACAGAGUUACGAAAAAUUACCAAUGUUACGAUGGUACUUACUGUGGACUAAAGCGAGAGGGUGCCGAACGAGAUAGAGCCAUUUGUAAGGGAGAUAUCGUCGACUGUCAAUUCCUUGGUUCGGAUUUAAACAUUUGCUCCACGCCAAAUCAAGCCUCGAGAAGAUAUGAUGUUCUUUACUACGAUAAUGGUAAUGUAUUGGGCCGGAAUGGAACGCAAAUAUUCGAAAAAUGUGCAGAUGAAUCGACGCGGGUACAGUCAUGGAUAAGAUGGGUGGUGAAAUGUACCAAUUGCUUCUGUCUGUGUGACGAUCAAAAACAUUCGGAGAGGCAUUUCAGUUUGCGCGACGUCGUGUCUGAUAUUUACAAAAACCGAGUUGUAUCAGCUUUAGCUUUUCGAAAGUUCCAGGGAGUUUUUCAUUUGAUGAUUGUUGAACGUGAACUCAAACCGUAUGCAGCAUUGAACGUAACCAACCCUACAUGGCAUAUGUGGAGCAAAGUAGACUACUUCCACAUCCAUGAUGCACUUGUACGUGAAGGAAUCGACUACCACACGAUGACCUGGGAAAAUCGAUCAAUUAAUUUGGACACAGUUGAAGUACCUAGUGGAAAAGUGGUAACGGGCUGUCGAUUCCGUGUUGUUAAUGGUGUAAUCACCUUACAAGUACGCGCGACUGACUUUGAUUUCAUUUCGGGACGAUUAAAAAAUCUGGAAAGUAGUUUUUGGUAUGUGAGCGAAGCCAAAGAACGUACACAAAUCCCAUUGGAUAAUCUUGAUGUUCCAACACUAACGCCUGAGAAAUCGAUACCAAACAUACUAAAGGAUCGUUACAUAACCUUUGGUCCCACCGAUAAAUUUAAGGACUUAUCCCAAACAACAAUUCCAUUCAUAGAUUCACAGUUAGUUGAAUCUCACAAUCCGAUGCCACUGAGUGGCGUUGGUUUAUACUACAAGACAUUCCCUGGUUAUGGUGGAUUCAUUGCGCCCAAAAUUUUGAACUACAAUUUUGGGCCACACAUUGGCGCUUUGAGUUCGUCCACUUGAAAUCAAAUCAAUUGACCAGAAAACAAUUACACAACAUACACAAAAACAGACCAUUUCAACAUAUAAUUAGCCCAAAUAUAUUGUAAUUAGUUUCGAAAAUAAACAGAUAUUGCAUUUUCGUUUUUACGUACUUUUUAAUUUAGGUAAUUAACUCGAACUAUUUUUUUUUCUAUAUUUAGUCAUUUCCAUUUUGAUAGGGUGUAUAAGCUAAAUUGUUUUGGUUUUUGGUCCAACCAAUUUUCGAAUAAAAUUCCAGAGAAAUGAUUUUCGUGAUUUUUCGCAAAGAAAUAAUAAACAAUUGGAAAUGAUUUCGGAUUGGGAGAGAUUAUUUGAAUGGCCCCAAAUGAAAUGAAUAAGUAGAGCCAAAGCUCGACAAUCGAACAUUGUAUCUGUAUUAAGUCAUAUAGAAUAACAUAAAUAAAAGAAUGUAAGGAGUAGGAGAAAACACCGUUUAUGCAUAUUUAAUACUAUUUCGAAUAUUUUCUCUUUUUCUCUCUCUUUUUCUAUAGUACAUAUUUGUCAUCGUUUGCGUUAUUGCGUGCAACAAUUACAAGUUGCAAAUCAUAAUAUGGCUUAAGUUGCACGUGAUUCAAAACCUAAACUAGAGUGUACCCCAAUAGAAAUAGAAUCGACCGAACAGGUGAAUUGAUGUUUUUUUUCCAUUUUAUUCAAGACUGUUCGCUACCAUUCAACCUAUUCAAACUCAAAUAUUUGAGUGUAUUGAUCAAAAGGAUAAUUACGACCAGCUUAUUUCAGACACAUUUACAUUUCAGCAUACAUGGACUAUGUAAUUUUUUCUCUGCUGGUUCUGUAUUUGUUUUGCAAUAAAAAAUAAUGGCUGCGCCGCAGACAAAACAUAAUCGCUAUUCGGUUAGUUAAAAUAUGGGGAAUGAAAAGAAUGAAGCGAAAUUGAGUUUUAAUAUUGAAUUCGGUGUAAAACGGCAACAGUGUUGUUUGCGGUAAAGCAAUGAAAUUGAUGGGCGCGCGUAAAUCAAAAACCAAACUCAAUUUAUCGUUGCAAUUUGUUAAAAGUGAAAUGGAACGGAAAAUCAGCAGUCGCAGUUGAUAACCGAUAUUAAUUUGAUAUUUACGCUUCAUGUGGAGCAGCAAUUCAAACAACAGGCACGCUCACCCUUCUCUUGUGCCUCGGUGUGAUGCAUUUUAUGGCUCGUAUGUGCUCAUAUUACCGAGAAUCAAUUAAAUCAAUUAAAAGUCUGGCGCAAAUAGAAAAUGCAAUUUAUUUCACAAAUUUUUAACGUUCCACAAA